AUCCAAUAAGAAAUAAUACGAAACCUACUUCCUCCUCUUUUCUACUUUUUCAUCUUCAGCUCCUUGCUCUGCCACACUUCGAAAUUCUUUGACAACGACCUAAUGGGUUUCUCUAAAGAUCAGCUGCUUUCCCAACUUCAGGAACUUGAGAUUGAUUAUUCCAAGUAUGAGCAUCCUCCCGUUCUAACUGUUGAAGAACAGGCUAAGUAUGUAAGCAGUAGCGAGGGUGCAUUAAGUAAGAAUCUCUUCUUCAAGGACAAGAAACAUCGAUAUUACAUCAUCUCAGCCAUGGUAGAUACCAAAGUCGACAUAAAAGUUUUAUCUCAGAGACUCGGUCUGGGAAAAGGUGGUAUAAGAAUGGCUCCUGAGGAAGCACUUGCUGAGCUAUUGCAGGUGUCUCUUGGAUGUGUUACUCCUUUUGCAGUUGUAAAUGAAUCAGCAAGAGAUGUAUCGCUCUUGUUGGACCAAAAAUUCAAGAACCAAACACGCUUCAUCUUCCACCCUUUGUCUAACGACGUCUCAAUCUCUCUUAGCACAUCGGGUCUUGACAAGUUUCUUCAGUCCAUCGGGAGAGAUCCUGUAUACGUUGACCUUGAGGCUAACCCAGUGGUUGGUAAAGACCAGCCUCCAGAUCUAGCUGUUUAUGUUCCGUCUAAUUCAGUUGUUGUCCCCGAGCUCCCUAACAAAACACCUUCUGCACAAGCUCCUCCAAAGAAUGUGUCAGCAGAGAAAACUAAGCCUGUUGCUUCACCCAAACCGAGCAAGUCAACCGGUAAUGUGAAGAGUGUCGUGCAAAAUUCUGGUCUAUCAGUAUUUAAAAACCCUGACAAGUUCGUGGAGGAGAUUUUGGACAAAACAUCUGCUCUGUUGUUGUCUGAGGUGAAGGGAGAGAAUGUGGAGGCUUUAGCAGAAACACUGAGAAAACGUCUUACCUCAGAGUUUACCCACCUCGCAGUUAUGUACAAGAACAUAGCUUACAGUGAAGGUUUUUACGCCGGUACACAGUGCCAACCAAAGCGACAGUAAGAGGAGGUUUGGUUUGUAUGCUGAACCUGAGAUACUUGGAGAGAAAACAUUACCGGUUUAUGCAUUUUUCAACUUUUUUCGUUGCAGAACAAUUAUAGUCAAGACUGAGUAAUGAUUUUAUUAUCUAUGCUCGAAGCAUUGUUGUUUUCUAAAACAAUACUCCCUCUGAUCCUAAAUAUAAGAUGUUUUAGGUAAUA